CUGACGGCGGUCAACAACAACACCAGGUUAUCAGAGGCGGCGCCGCGACCUUCCUGUGUGUUGUGCUACUGUGGCUGUGUCAUAGUCAAGGGUACCCCCUCUCACAGGACCGGUGGUGUACCACUGUGGUACACUAUACAGGACCAGUGUACCACUGUGAUACACACAGAGGACUAGUGUAGGGCUCCCAGAGAGCAAGCAGCGUGGGACCAGCCACACCACACCAGUAUAGGGUCCGCCCCCACACAAGCACACACACCAUGGACGGGAGACGGAUAGUGUUGGUGGUUAUGUUGACCACAGUAGCCACCACCGCUGACAGAACUAUUUUACCUUUGGAAGUCAACCCGGACUGUGAGGGGAACUGCAGUGAACCUUGGUUAAUCCAUGUUGCUGCCAAUGGCCAGAAUGACACUCUUCAUCAUUUAUGGGGUGCACAUGGUGCACUGUCAUUUAUGGUUGUAAAAACCAGUUUGGAUGCAGUUAUGAAAGUCAACUGGACAGAACUUCAAACACCAUCAGAUGUAUCGGUGUCUUUUAGUGACAUACCAAUCCAUGUAUUUGGCCUUUCUAUUCCCAAUCUGAUUUUGUUCAAUGACACAGAUAAUUCUGGAAGGUUUAACAACUCGACUAAAGAACAGAUUAUUGUCCCGAUGACAGACUUUACAUGGGAGGUUAAAACAGCAUCCAACAGUACCCACGAAGCGGGGAUUAUUAUUGAAACAAACACAUUUAGAGGAGAGCUUCUACCAAACGAAACCAAAAUUUCUGUUCAGGUGGCAGCUUUUGGAGAAAAUGGAAGAAGCACAUUAUUGCCUCAUUUACUGAGAACCCCAGACUCGGCCCAGUUUGAUUUGGUUCUUGAUCAUUUGGUCCUUGACCUCAAUUCUACUGACUACGAACCAUCAAGGAAGGACAAGGCAACACAAGGCAUCAGUGGCUUUAUUAAUGCUCGUUGGGCUUUGGACCUCGUUAUGUUUUGUUCAGAGGAAAAAGAAGUAGACGACAGUGGCUUUAAGCUUUCCACGAAAAAGUCUCUUGAUGAUGAAAACACACCAGGAGUCUUUCAUCUGGACGAGAUAAUGACAACUUUGGCGAGGAAAUCUAAAAAUGGAGGGUACAUGCAGUGGCGGCCGGUGAGCUACCUCAGUUCGAGUCGGGAUAUUAACUUGGCCACCAACCCAAACAUUGAUGUCAACUUCACCCCAUUAAAGGAAAUCUCACAGCCUUUGAAAGAAUCUUUGGCGUAUGCCGUGUUUGGAAACGAGUUGGUGGGAACACGAAUGACUGCCAAGACCAAUGUUGCCUUUGGAAUGACCAAUGACAACUUUUAUUCAGAAAAUAAUUAUACUACAUGGACAGUGGCUAUAGGAAAUGGCUAUCCACCAAAUGAAUCUUUCUCUACAAUGGUCAUCAUUGUCAUCACUUUGGGGCUGAGCAUUCCUGCGCUCAUGUUUAUUAUCGGAGGUACAAUAAUUGCCUGUCGAAAGUUCCGCAGGUCCUCCCAGCCACUCAUUGAAAAUUAAUUUCUGGCUAGUUAGAGAUUUCACUCUUCAGUUCAUGUGACAUACAGUAACGAUAAAUGAUUACAACAUACUGUAAUCUUAUAUUAAAGUUAUUUUCCUUAUUCUUGUCAAGUGCCUUUUGCUGUGAACAAAUUAUUUUGAUACUCGUGGUUUUAAGGAAAGUUUGCUCAUUAAGGAAUAUUACAAUUUAGAUAAAAACAAAGGCUUUUUAAUUUUUUUUACAUCAAUUUAUUUCACAUAUACAUUAAUUUGUUAUUUUCUGUGAACUAAGCUUGAGGGGCUUAGUUCUUGUGUAGACUUGUGUAGACUCGUGUAGACUCAACCUUGUACAUUUGCCCGAGGGCCCCUGACGCUAGUGGCCUCGGCAAAGACAGGAUGUUUGCGGUUUAUCAAAGUUCUCCUAUUUAUUCAGAUGAUUUUAUUGACCUGGAUUUUAAAAUUUAAGUGUUUUGACAUGUACAGCUAAGGCGGGUAGGCAGUUCCGUGGGUUUAUAACCCUGUUGGGGGAAAAAAGCAUCCCCUGUUUUUAGUUCUACAUUGUAACUUGUUGAGCUUGAAACCGUUGCUCCUUGUUUGUGUUACAUCUGACCUUUGAAGAAAUUGUCUGGAUCAACAUGUCACCCACCUUCAAAUACAGCCUUAAUACAUAGGAAAAUAAUCUUCAAGGUGAAUAUGUAGCAGUCUUUGAUGUCGGCUCACAAUAAAAAUUCUGAGUUCAAACCCCGGGUAAGACGGUGAUAGUUGGGCAUAUUUAGUUUCACCUGAUGCCUGUGUUCACCUAGCAGUAAAUAAAUAUCCAAUAGUUAGGCAACUGUUGUGGGUUACAUCCUGUGGAAGGUCUGUACAGUAGUUGGUUUAGGGUAUUUAUAAGCCUAAGUAUUGGCUUCCUGUUCCUAACAUUGGGAAAUUAUUUAAUACUAGACUAUUAUAAUAAAAAUUAUAUAAAUAAAUAUAUUAAAACAUAACGUACAAUGCUAAGGUUUCUCAGGGAAAUGUCUGAGAGUUAAUAAAAAAUAAUUGACUUACAGUAUUUACAGUACUUAGUGGUUGCAUUCAUUACUAGAUAUAUGCACUUAUUCAUUACUCUUUCCCUCUUCAGAUUUCUACUGUCAUGCAUUCCUUAAUCCAGGGCUGUUGGCAGGACAGUCAGUCAGUUUAGAGUUACAGGUAACAAACUGUUUUCAGUACUCUUAAAGGUAGCCUGUCCCCCUUGGCCUUCCUCCAAGUGGAAAACAGCUCUGGUAAGGAGAUAAGCGUGUAUGGCCAAUACACACUUAUCUCACUGGCACUUAAUAGACCACCGGUCUGCUCAUUAUUGUCCAAACUGCAUUGCACCUCCCUAUAGAAUGUCCCAGGUUUUCCGGGCAUUCGUAUGUUUUGCUUUCCUUUUUAUAACCCCUUAAGGUCAUUUGUCCCUUAAUGAAUCUGAUGCUUUUGAUAUCGCUCACCUUGUGUGCUUUUGUGCUUGUAAUAGCAUCCUUGGUUAUAUUUGGUGCCUUUUGAAUAUCCAGCAACACUGAUGGUGCUACAUAGUCUUUCCGGCUUGGUGACUUCUUUAGAUAAUUACUUACGUAUUACUGUGCUAGACUCACUCAUGCAUUCAUUGCAGCUGUGAUAUGUAGGGUCACUAUGCAUGUAAAGUAAACAAUAUGAUAAUAUUGUGUGAUGAGAUUGUUCAGGGUACAAUAUUUGAGCUGCUUGUAAACUUCUAGGAGGUUUAACAUGUUAGCAAGUUUCAUUCACAGGAUCAGAGAGAUGUAUAUUAGUAUACAUUGUAUUUAUUUCUGUAUGUUUAUACAUUUGCCAUUUGUAUCAUUUUAAGACAUGCUGGUAUUUCUAUGGCUUGAUGUGAAUAUCAGGGCCACCAUGUUCUUAUGCACAAUGUAUACUUGAUAUUGUCUCUGCAUGAAGUGUAGCAGUUAAACACCUUUGUAAGACUUUAUGGAUCAGCAUUUUCUCCUGAUAAUGGCCCUAUUUUUCCUUUCCCACAGCUGCAGUCUCGCAGACACGCUGCCCACAGCUGCACUCUAGCAGACACACCGCCCACAACUGCACUCACAGACACACUGCAGCUGUGGGCAGUAUGUCUGUGGCAAAAAAGUUCAACUGAAUGAUUUAAGAUUAUUGUGAAACAAAUUAACAGUAAAUUCAAAUUCAAAAUAGAUUAGAUGCUAUAUUUUUUAGUUUAUACUACAAUCAUUACAGAUCUAGCUGGACUAAACAGCUAUACAACUGAAACAAAAGUUUCAAUUGUAUACCUGAAUCAGUCAUUUGUAUGUGAAUUGUUUUUCCAAUCCUAGCUGUGUUCAGGCUAUGUGCUUGUUUCUGUUUGGGCUGUGUGUCUGACUACCUAGGCUGUGUAUAUACAUAACUUCCUUUGAAAUAGAGGUGAAAUAACAUGGGAUAGACCUUGUGAACACCACUAGCUACAGUUGCUAGUAGGUUUCAAUGCCACUAUACUGUUUCACAUUUAAUUCAGACCAAUCAAAUAGAAAAAUAUAGUCCUCAUAGUCUCUCAAAUAUUUGGUUAUUGAAUGGUUUAAACAUUUAUGCUCAAACUCCCAGAAUGAGUGUAGGCAUUUUACAGGCUGGCACAAUCUCAAAUAAGAGGAACACAGUAAGGGGGCAGCUAGAUAUCAUUGGGCUGUUGGGUAUUCUACAGUGCUAGCAAGUCGGUGUCUUCAGGUUCAGAUCUCUCGAAGGAAGCCGGUUUUAUUCUGUAAUUUAAUAUUGGCUAGUUCUUAAAAGUAUACUACGUAUAAACAUACACCUUUCUAACUUGGUCGGUAGUAGCAACUCCAGACUCUAAACACUUCCCAAUCACUUUGACUGGAAAACUCUCCCCUAUUGGGGAGCCCAGUCCAUGUCCAGUACAAUACUGUAUAAAUAAAUAUGCCUUAGAAUCACAGAAUGAGAUACUGUAUUACCAAUAACAAUGUAACUCGACAUUGUUAAUACAUAUCAGAGGUCCUGCAUAAGUUCAAGAUGGCAUUGAUGGUUCAUAUAGAAAUCAAAGGUGAUAUUUUAGUAUUUAAUUUUAUAUGUGGUGAUAAUUAAGGCACUUCUUUAAACCAAAGUUAUAAUUUUAAGUCCAGUUUUUUUUAUAUAAUUUGAAUGGUGGUGGUGUUGUAUAAAUAUGUUGCACAUGUGGUAGCUCACAUGAGAGAGCAAUAAUGUUCCAUGUGUUAGGCUAACCAUAAUGCAUCAUUUGUUAUAACAUAUUUGUAAGUGAUAUGGAACAACACCUGAAACACAUUAAGUACUGUACAGUGUUAUGACAUCUGUUAUAAGAUGAUAAUGCCAAGGCUUACACAGACCACAAAUACCAUUUAAGAAAAUUCCUUUGGCUUUAAAUAUUUUGUCAAAUAAACAGCCAUGAAUUUAAAACAUAUUUCUAAAAUGAAAUUACAGUAUUUGGCAUGAAUUUGUUAAAGCAGGUGGUCUGUUUAUUGAGGAUGAGUGUACGUUAUGAUGAAUGUCAUUACUCUUGUGGUAUGUUUCCUGGGCACCAGGUUUAUUGUGCCCAUAUAAACAUUGUUGUGCUCAAGGGCUUAUUCUGCUUGUGGUCGUAUCUUCUAAUUUUGCAUCUUAAUUCUCAAUUGAUUUUUUAACCAAGUAUGAUAACAUCCAAGCCUGUGAUAACUUUCAUGUUUGAUAGUGGCAAAAUACUAAUUUAAUUGGAGGUCUAAUUAUUUGUAAGUGCAAAGUUGUGGUCAGUAUUGGAGGGUCGAUCCAACUUCUGCCACAUAACAGUGGAGGCCAAAACCGUUGGCAGUUUCAAGGUGUAGUAUGACAGAAAAUUGGGAAAACAGGACGCCACGAGUGUAGCUCUCAUCCUGUAACUAUACGUGCGUAACUACCAAAUGGAAUCUUUGCUCAUGUAAGGCUGCCAUGUUGUGAGAAAGCCUUAAGUAAUCACAACCAAGCCAUAGAUAAUUUGAAACUGUUGUAUUCCUUGAUACUCAAAUUGUUGGUAUGUGAUAAAAGUACUAAAGAAUACUUUGUUUAUUGUAUGAGAGACAAGUUAAUUGUCACUUGUAGAUUUACUGCAGAGCAAGGGCAAGAUAACCAUUUCCAUCUCUUUGGCAAAGAUCAAAUACAAGUUACUUAGUAUUGUUUUGUUAUUACAUGUACAUAUGAAAUGAUGUAGGUAUGUGGCAAGGUGGAAGGUCAGCAAAAAGUCAGGCCAGAUCCAAAAGGCUGUUUGUAGACGGUCAUAUGUUAAAAAUACGUCUGGGCAUCAUGUGAUGAUCACAGUGAUGGCAUACACCCGGGCAUCAUGUGAUGACUACAGUGAUGUCAUACCCUACGGGCAUCAUGUGAUGACUACAGUGAUGUCAUACCCUACGGGCAUCAUGUGAUGACCACAGUGAUGACAUACACCCGGGCAUCAUGUGAAGACCUCGGGAACAGCAUCCAUGUGCAGGCCACAGUGAUGGCAUGUGCCAUAGUCUGCCCCAUAAUACCAUCAUAUUGUGUGUUGCUGUUUCACCUAGGCUAGGACUUAUGUCCUAUGGGUAGUUUCACUUGGUUGUCCUAUGGAAUUAUAAUUCUAGCUUGCUGACAAAGGCCCUGGGAAAAUAUCCCCAUCCCCCCCCCCC